AAAAAAACAUACAUUCUAGCCAUUCUUCUCUCUUAAUAUUUUCGUCCUUAACUUAUUUUUCUCCCAUAUACACUAAAAAUGCACGGUCGUGUUGAAGGCAAGCUUUCAAAACUUGGCAUUAAGCUCCCAACACCUGCAGCAUCUGUGGCGAAUUACUUGCCGUUUGUCAUCUCUGGGGGGCAAGUGCAUUUCUCAGGCCAACUACCCAAGGGAGAGGAUACCAAUCUCGUGGUCGGUCAACUUGGUGCCGGUUUGAGUCUUGAAGAGGGUCAGAAAGCUGCACGUUUAUGUGGGAUCAAUUUGGUAUCGCAGAUAAAAGCCUCCCUCGGUGAUCUCGACCGUGUCAAAAAAGUGGUAAAAAUCAACUGCUUCGUCAACUCGUCCAGUGAAUUUACAGGACAGCCUGCAGUUGCCAAUGGCUGCUCCGAUGUCCUGGUGGAUAUUUUUGGCGAGGAGGUCGGGAAGCAUGCGCGUUGUGCAGUUGGUGUGGCUCAGCUUCCUCUUGGAGCCGCAGUGGAAGUGGAUGCUAUAGUGGAAUUCAACUAAGUUCUUUUUACAUUUUUAACCUACUCAUUUAUAAUUAUGCUCUAUUAGUAGUUAUUAAUGCUUCUUGUUUCCUAAAUGAGAAUAGUAUUAUCGAGUUCAUUGAUUCGUAGUAAUUAUCUUCUUGAAAAUCUAA